CACACCCAAACAUUCAUCGUCACAUUCUCGCGGCGGUACUCUCUAUUAUUUGCAGGUGUAAGGAGUACGGCAGUCGUCUUCCACUCUAUGGUGCUCAUCUCUCCGCCCCCAUCUCCAUCCCCAUCGUGCAUCCAUCCUUCUCCUUCCCUUCCACACUCUCCCCUCGUCGCAACUGCAACUGUAACCGCCCGCUUUCGGAUCGGCACUAAAACAUCUCAAAUCUCACCUCCUCGUCCCCUCGUAAACUCCGUACUCCCACUCCCUACACUCCACUCCCACUCCCUACACUCCACUCCCACUCCACUCCACUCACUCCCUACACCUGCCUAUCCACAACUACCCACCUCCGCCCGCGCUCUGUCCUCUCUUAACAACUUCCUAAACCGCCCUGUCCGCCACCACCAAAACACCCCCCAACCCCAACCACAACCUAAUCAAUCCUACUAAUCCACACAGCGCAUUCGCCUAACAACAAUACGAAACCCUUUGCUCAGCCUUUGCAAACCUCAUCAACCGCUGCCUCCCCCAAAUUUACCUCUGAACCUUUUCAUCCGAAUGUCGUCGAUACAUUGCUGAGGUCCACCAUUGUCGACCUCCCAAGGAAUCUGACACUAACUCUGACGUCGCAAACGGCUGUUUUCGCUGCUGCUGCUGCUGCUGCUGCUGCUGCUGCAAUCAGCCCGCCGUUCCUUCCACGCUACGCCGCACCAACGCUUGCCCACAGCACAAGACGGGUGGUACACGACCUCUAGUACAACCUUCAGAAUGCCCAUCGUGAAUCGAGCCGUGGUCGAGGUCUUGCAAGUCAUCGAGCGAGGCCUGCUUCAAGCACGACAAACACCAUCAAGUGACCCAUCUCCCCUCCCAAGUCAACCUCCAGCUUCAACAACACCAACCGCACCACCGCCCACCAUGGCCAGUAAUUCAGGAUCCGGCGGACCGACGAGCUCGCCAUUAUUGUUCUUUGUUGCGCUAGGCUUUGGUGUCGUUUUUACGAAUCUUUGGUAAUCACAAUUACAAACGAUCCGGCAUGUAGAUAGACUAGCUAACAUCGUGCGAAGGAUCAUUGUAGGCGUCAAGUAUUGUUUUCGUUACAACGCUCGCAAUCGAGCCUUGCGGAAUGGCGAGGAAGUGGACCCAAUUAAUAUGAACGAUAUGAACCCCCAUCCGCGACGCCGGAGAAGAGAGAAAAGGUUGAUGACCAUGGACGAGGUCAACGAGCGAUUCCCAUUGACAAAGUACAAGAAUUGGGUCGCUUCACGGGCGAGAGAAGGUCUACCAACCAACGGCGGCGUUACUGCACCAUCGAGUCGAGCUGGGAGUGUACGCGAUGUAGAGGGGGUCAUUCCGUCAUCGCCAGUAGAAACGAAGUAUUCAGUCAGACCUGGUACCGCCAAUUCCAAUAAGGAAGCCAAUCCACGAAACUCGUCGGAAGAUCGAAAGAGUGUAGAGGAGCCAUCCGCCAUACAAAAGGAGGACGAAACUGCUAAAACCGAGGCGAAUAACAAACUAGAGCAAGUCCGUACUACUACUAGUACCGUUGAAAAACAUCCAACAACUACAAGUGAGGAUGACGACGACGAUGAUGACCAUAUUCACACAGCCGUACCUCCUGAACUUUUGACUAACCCAGGCGACUCUUGCGCAAUCUGUAUCGAUACUUUGGAAGAUGACGAUGAUAUUCGCGGAUUGACCUGCGGUCAUGCCUUCCAUGCUGGUUGUUUGGAUCCUUGGUUAACUAGUCGUCGUGCAUGCUGCCCUCUAUGCAAAGCUGAUUAUUGGACACCCAAACCACGACCUGAAGGGGAAAUUGCUGCGGAAGCUGAGCGAUCCGCAAGAAGAAAUAGAAGCGAAGCAAGAGUUAACAUGCCACAAGCACCAGCCAGUACACACUGGUCCAAUAUACGCCCUGGGAGACUUGCGUUUGCAGGUCGGUUUGGAGCUCCUCCGCCAGCUUCCGGAGAUCAAAAUGCUGCUCGAACUUCGAGUAGGAGGGAUAGACGUGCUCAGAGAGAUGCAACCCCUGCCGAGCCGAACAACUCAUCAGGGGACGCAUCUCCAUCAAGAAGAUGGAACCCCCUCAGCUCAUUCAGCAUGCCGGCCAUGCGCCUACCAGGUCGCAACCGGCAGCAGCAGGCUACACCUGUAGAACAGGGUGGUACUUCUCAAGCAACACCUUCACAGUUGGAAGCUGGUGUGAUUCGAUGAUUACUUUGUUUGCUUUACAAUGAGUUUGUUGUGCUCAGGGAGCAGCAACACCUAUUUCCGUCAUUUGAGAUACCCAAACACCAUUCUACGCCUGGCCGUCCUCCCCACGCUCCACGACAGCUUGAUCAAGAUAUUCGCGACCGUAUACGACAGUCAGAAUAAUCACUGCAUAUGAUUCUUUUCGCCUUUCUCGUCAUCCCAUUUGUUCUGACCGUUCGAUUAGCGAUUUUGCUUUGUCGUUUACUUUUCUUUAGUUGGGCAUUCCCUUAGAUCGUUGGAGUACGAUCUCACAGUUAUGUGGACUGGCCAGUUCAUCUAUUGAGCGAUGACUGGGGGUUAUCAGAUACCCUUUGAUUACUUUUUUUUCGCC